AGCAGAAAUAUUAAAAAAAAUUGUGCAAAUUAACUUUAAAAUCAUAUUUUUUUUUGCCAGAAUUCGUAUAGAGAAAAGUGUAUUGGUUUUUAUGUGCUUUAAAUCAAGUGAGGAGUGUAGGAAUUCUGAAUUUCCACAUAGAAAUUUUCAUCAGAAAAUAAAAAGUUAAAAUAUUUAACUACGCAACGAUAAAAAGUAUUGUUAGAACAUUAAUAUUUCGCAAUGGUUGGAUGCGAUAUUACUCCUACGGAUAUUGGCAAGCACGCCAAAUUAAUUCAAGCGGCACAAGAUGAAAUGGCCACAAUGGAUGUACUGGUGUGUGGCCGUUGUCUUAAUGUCUACCACUUUAUCGAAGAUUUUGAUGAUCACAAGCAGAAACCUUGUCACAAGGAAAACAACAAUGUGCGUGAAUGUAAUGAUACCAAGCCGAAGAUAUGGGCCUUUUUACUAUGGAAAGCAACACAACUAAAUAAUAAUAAAGACUCAAAUACAGCCACUCCUAACUCUUGGGCUCUGUAUCAAACCUGGGUUAAAAUGGACGAAAGCUUACGAGAUACAUGGAUCGUUGCAGGCAAAACUAUACAAUCUUUUGCUAAAAUUGCUCAUGGUGGUCUCCAAGAAAUGCCUGUGAAAAUAACUAAAACAGUGGUUAACAAUACCAACGAAUCUAUUUCACCAAGCAGAAAACUGUUAACCCAAACCAAACCUCAAGUAGCUAACUUGAAACCGCCCACAAAAAUUGAUGGAAAUAAAGACGUUGAAAAUGAUACUGCUCAUAAGUUAAGCACACCUGCACAGAAAAUUAUCAAAAAACCAAUAUCCGUACGCAGUGAUGCGGUGGGUGUUACGCAAAAUAAAUUGCCCACCGUAAAUUCAGGAAAACCUCUAAGCCGUCGCGCCAAGCGCACCGUGCCUAAUUCAGACGAGGUAAUUGAAGAAAAUGUAGAAAAAAUUGUGGCUAAACGGUUUAACCCAAGACGAAAAAUGCACGAAUAUUUGGUUAAAUGGGAGGCACGUACACAUGAACAAAAUACUUGGGAACCAUCGUCACACUUGGAAAACGUUCCUCAUCUUUUAGAAACCUUUGAAACUCAAUUGGCGCGGCAAAAGGAGACCCGUGCUGCUUUGCAAGCCAAACAAGCAGCUCAAUUAGCAGCUGCAGGUAAAACUGCUGAUAACAAAUCAGUGGAUAUAAAGAAAAUUGAAACGAAUAAACCUGUAACUGGUUUAGGAAAAUUACAAACAGUUAGCAGUAGCAACAAUGAUAGUAACAAAUCUAUUGCGGCAUCAGAUAUAUCAACAAGACCUUCGCGUACAUCUAAAACUAAAGCAAUGGAUCAGGUGAAGCAAUGGGUAUCGGGAAGUAAUCAGAAUUCAUCACGCGCGGGUUCACCUAAUGGUAGUGAUGUCGCUGAAGGAGGAAACAAUUCACAAGAUGGGGAAAGAGAUUGGUCUAUGCAUACGAGCAAUAGCUCAGCAGCGGGUAUGGGUGGUUUGAAGCGUAAAUUGGAGGAUUCAGAUUUUAAUGAUUCAAAUGCAAGUGAUUUACCUAGUACCACAGCAACAAUUGAAGAUUUGGAGGAGGAUCUUAUACCAUCACACACAGUAAAACGUAUGAAAAACGGCAGCGCAAUUUCAAUUGAGUCCAAAGUGGUCAAGGUAAAUGGAACAAGCAAUACACGCACACCCACUUCAAUCAGCGGUGAGUCAUUGCCAGUAGGACCGAAUUCAGCUGAAGUUAUUAUAACGCAAGAUACAAAUGCUUCCGGUGUGGUAAAGAAACCUGGUUUCAAUGGCAAUACCCGCAAUACUACAUCAAAAACGGAAGCUCAAAUUCGAAUACUAUCAAAGGGAGAAUCGGCGGUAUCCAGCACUGGUAUAGUUCGUGUUGGUGGUGGUAAUGACAGUGGCAGUGAAACGAAAUCGCAAUCAUCAUCCAUUACUGUGGGACGAACACAAGUACGCGUAGCAGGUGGUGGCACAACCACCAUAGCCAAUACUCAAAUUAAUACAAUAUCGCGCCAGCAACAUGUUCAACGUACACCGGGCGGCACCACUCUGCAACGGAAAACCGUUAUGACUUCUAACACAACGCAACAACGUAGUGGAAAUGCAAUGCAUGUGCGGACUGGCGGUAUAACAACCAGUUCAUCGAAUCAACAACACGCAUCACCAACUUCCGGACGUAUGAUAAUACCGCGACAAGGCAACGCCGGUCAUUUGAAUCGAACAACAGCCAACAAUACAAAAACAGUUACACCUGAACAGAAGAUACUUCAACUUUCCAAAUCGGGUGAUCUAAAGGUGACCAAGAAGGUGAUGACCCGCGAAGAUGCCAUUGCACAGCGCAAUAGCCUUAGGCAACAACAGUCACAAAUCCAGAUUCAAAAGGUGCAGCAAAUCACACCACCCACCGGUGGUGGACGCACUAGCCAAGUAAGUGCCGUUAGCGUUCGUAAACAACCAGACGGUACAUAUGCUCAUGAGGAGCAACAUCAGGCACAAUUAUGUCCCAUUACAGGUAAAAUAUUAGGUCAAGAUGACCAAGUCAUAACACAGCAACAAAUGCAAAGCGGUGUAAUGCACACACAACUGAUUGCUGGCGGCGAUCAGCAAUUGGCGCUACAACAGGAUCAUCAUCAACAACAAUUGCACGACAUAGAUCCCACACUGCUGCUAACUAAUGACCAACAAAUGCUCACCAAUGAGGAUGGUACGCCAUUGCUGGUAACAGGCGAGGAUGGCACUGUGUACCAGGUGGCCGGCAAGAAUGCUGAGGGACAAACCAUACUCGUGACUCAGGGUCCGGAUGGCGAGCAACAGUUCGCAUAUGUUGCUGCCGCCGAAGGUGAUGAGAAUCAAGUGUUAACCCUUGACAAUGCUGUUGCUGAGGCUGUAGCACAGAAUUCAAAUGAACUACAACAAUCCGAAGCCAUGUCAGAGCCACAAUAUAUUGUUAAAACAACAAAAGAAGACGGCACUACACACGUUGUUACAAUGAGCGAGGCCGAGUUGCAACAGCAUCAGGCAUUGGCUGCAGCGCAGCAGCAACAACAGCAGCAAGCGGAUGCAGGCAGCGCAGCCGUUGCUGUGGCCGCCAAUAGUGGUGGCGCCACCGGACAACUUUGCAUACAGACAUCUGACGGCGCUGACGGACAGGAAGCGAAUAUACCUGCUGAAGUCAUACAAGCUGGCAUGCCAUCACCAGGUGGUACACGGCGUGUUGUAUUGUUGUUGCAAGAUGGUACUUAUAUGAUGACUGAGAUGCAUGAUGAUGAAUUUAAAGCACUAAACAUCGCCGCGUAAAAUGAAUACAGCUGAAUAGAAUGUCUUGAUUAAUUUUGUAUGCAUAAACUGAGCAAAGUAGCCUGACGUCAAUUGUCCCGUAUUAGGCAGGCAUUAAUGUUUUACCAGUAACUAUUCUUGUCUGUAUGCUUGCUUUAGCGAACCGUAAGGUAGAUUAUUAAAGUUAGUUUUAAUAUUUACUGCUAAAUACAUAUUGAAGUAUGUAUGAAGGAAAGAACUGUAGCGGGAAGCAUGCAUUUACUUUACAAAAAGCCGUUACAAUUUAAAAGUUUGUUUUAAUAUCUGUUUUAAGAACUUUUUGAAAAGACAUCAAUUGGAUUUAAUUCAUUAAAAAUGUUUCGCUUCCAAAAAUGUAUGUAUUUUGUGUUAUUUAACAACAUGCGCACAUAUAAUAUGUAUGUACUUCGGCUUUGUGGAGAUUUGUAUGCGAAAUGCUCAACCUUCAUAGAUUGUAUCUAUAAUGAUUAACAUUUUCAAUGAUUAUUAAUGAAAAUGUUUCGCUAUGUACGAAUAAAUGUAAAGAAAUCCUUAGUAUCACCACUCAUUAAAAUAAACUCUUAAUUUUGAAAAAAAAAA